ACAAAAGCAGGAGGAUGGAGUGAGUGAAAUAAAUCCACACUUCUUAUAUCUCACAGCCACUUUUUUGUAAUUUGGCAGGAAGAGGGGUUUUUGGAUCACUGCGCCACAUUACAUGAAAUCGUGUCCUAGUUCAUGUUAGUAGUAGAAACCAGCAGCCUAUCUCUUUUUUUUUUACGCACACCCUACUCCAGUGAAGGCAGCAGCAGUUCAGAUCAGAUUUCACAUUCAGCUCCGACCAGCUGAGAGAGAGAGAGCCAGAGAGCAGGAGGUCCGUUUCUCCGCUUUCCCACCUCCGAUUCCCCCUCUCUGUUUGGCCAGCAGCGCCAGUAAAAAAAAAAAAAAAAAAGCCCCUGCGAGGAAGAACCGGGUGCGCGGCGCAAAUAUUAAAGCACCGCCGGGAUUUUUUCCCCUCCUUUUUUUUCUUUUAUGUAUUUUUGCAGGAUUUCAGCAGCGAGAGCGCCACAGAGAAUUAGAUAGAGGGAAGAAGAGAUGGACGAGCAGCCGAGGUUGAUGCACUCUCACACGGGGGUAGGCAUGGCAGGGCACCCCGGCCUGCCGCAGCAUAUGCAGGAAGGCACCGGAGGAACGGACGGCGACGGAAGAAAACAGGACAUUGGAGACAUUUUACAGCAAAUUAUGACCAUCACAGAUCAAAGUCUGGACGAAGCCCAAGCCAGGAAACACGCUCUGAACUGUCACAGAAUGAAGCCAGCUCUUUUCAAUGUCUUGUGUGAAAUCAAAGAAAAAACGGUGCUGAGUAUCCGCGGCGCCCAGGAGGAGGAGCCCCCGGAUCCCCAGCUCAUGCGGUUGGAUAACAUGCUGCUGGCAGAGGGCGUAUCCGGUCCAGAGAAAGGUGGAGGUUCGGCGGCGGCGGCGGCUGCAGCGGCGGCCUCGGGAGGAGCGGGGGCGGACAACUCUGCAGAGCACUCCGACUACAGGGCCAAGCUGACCCAGAUCAGACAGAUCUACCACACGGAGCUCGAGAAGUACGAACAGGCGUGUAACGAGUUCACCACCCAUGUGAUGAACCUGUUGCGAGAGCAGUCACGCACACGGCCGAUUUCGCCCAAAGAGAUUGAGCGCAUGGUGAGCAUCAUCCACCGCAAGUUCAGCUCCAUCCAGAUGCAGCUCAAGCAGAGCACCUGCGAGGCCGUCAUGAUCCUGCGCUCACGCUUCCUCGAUGCCAGACGGAAAAGGCGAAACUUCAAUAAGCAGGCAACAGAGAUCCUGAACGAGUAUUUCUACUCACACCUCAGUAACCCUUAUCCGAGUGAGGAAGCUAAAGAAGAGCUGGCAAAGAAGUGUGCCAUCACAGUUGCCCAGGUUUCCAACUGGUUUGGGAAUAAAAGAAUCAGAUACAAGAAAAACAUUGGUAAGUUCCAAGAAGAAGCCAACAUGUACGCUGCGAGAACUGCCGUGAAUGCGGCUAAUGCAUCCUCACAUGGAAGCCAAGCAAAUUCACCCUCAACUCCAAACUCUGCAGGUUCUGGUGGCUCUUUUAACAUGUCAAACUCCGGGGACUUGUUCAUGAGCGUGCAGUCUCUCAAUGGGGACUCGUACCAGGGGGCUCAGGUGGGAGCCAACGUGCAGUCACAGGUGGAUACCCUUCGCCAUGUUAUCAGUCAGACAGGCGGGUACAGUGAAGGACUCACAGCCAACCAGAUGUACAGUCCGCAGGGCAUCAAUGCAAACGGUGGCUGGCAGGAUGCUCCGACCCCCUCAUCAGUGACUUCACCCACAGAAGGACCCGGAAGCGUUCACUCUGACACAUCCAACUGAUCCUCCCCUACCCCCCUCCGUCCUCUCUGCUCUCCAACUUCCUCCAACGCUGCACCCUCAUAUCUCCAAAAACUUAACCCUUUUGACCCCAUCAGGACUUGAUGUGACGUACUGUACAGUAUGGAGUCACACUGGGGGACACACAGUUGGGGUCUGGGAUGACGUCAUCACCAUUACAGACAAAAAAUAUUUCACUCUGGACCACCGCGGCACCGUUAGCAGCCUACGUAGGGGACUCAUAUUCACACUUCACAGUUUGUACAGUUUCCACUUGAUGUCCAUGUUGCCUCUUUGUAUUUCUCUUACAUCAUAUAUACCACAGUAGGCACACAGUUAGCAGCAUAUUGCCCCACGUCUUGUAAAUUGAAAAGCUUUCACACUACCUCUAUUCGAAAUAACAACAGAGCAAACAACAUUUCAAAUGCUUCGGUUUUACAAAUUUUUAUAAUUAUAUGAAUUUUACUGUACACCACCCCUGUCAUUUACAGUAUGCCUGUCUUUAUUACUGUGCUCACAGAUUUUUCUUUUUGUUUAUCUAUAGUGCCAAAGUUCAGCCCUGGAGGUGAAUUUUGAUAACAUUUUUAUGUCGUGUCCUUACAUUUUUCAUGCCAUACUUCGUGAGGUAUUAUUAUGUUAGUCCAGUCUUGUUAAUCAGUUAAUAUCCAGUAUCCAGCCUCAAUUUAUAUAGUUUGUACUCAGAACUUCUACAACAGACAGUGACAUAUAAGGCAUUUUAUAUUUUAUUGCCAGAGUAGUAUGUUUUCUGCUCAUAUGCAGUAGAAUAAUGCAGAGAAUUUACCAUUUUUUAAGUGAGCAAUUGACAAAUUGAGUGUAACAUACAAAGGGAUGAGGUUAGAUCAUUUUUCUCUUCUCAAGGUAAUGUUGGUUGCAUCCACAAUAUUCAAAGAAGGCUGAAAAAUUGACCUGAAACACUAAAUCAAUGACAACAUUAGCGGCAAUUAUGGCACGUCGAUAUGUAUUAAAGCACAAUAACACCUAAUGAUUGAAGUCAAAGGGUAACAUUUGUAAAUGUCGAAGAGAAAACCAUACAGAGGAAAUGUAAGAUUUAACUAUAGUAGUCAUAUAUGGAAGAAAGAGUGUACAUACAGUACAUUGUCAGUCGUCGUCAGCGUGUAUCAGUGAGAUCAAUAUAGCCAAAUACUGCUGGUAACCAAAUCCAAAACAAAAAAAUUGCAAUCCUGAUUUCAAGGCACCACUUUGUUGGGAUUUAACACAUUGCAUGUCUUUUCUCUGAAUUCACAUUCACUUCUCUUGUAUGGAAUUAUAUUCGUGUCACAAUCCUGAGAGAUGAGACAUUGUGAGCUUAGAACAGAUUUUUGUUUGCUCAAAUUUAAUUAUUCUUUGUGCGGUAAUAAUUUCACAACAAUAUAUAAUUUAUGCAGGUGCGUCUUAAAUUGUCCCAUCACCUGCUCAGAAUUGAGGCACUUAUAUAACUCCAUAUGCAUUCAAUGCUGAAAAAACAUGAGGUUACUUAUCCCGUAACCCCUGUUCUCUGAUAACAUGAGUGAGGAUGUUUGAAAAACAUCGACAGUGUUCAUAUUUUCAGUAUCCAAGGGUCCCUUCACUUUUUAUUUUGUUUUAAAAUGACACCGCGAACACAACAUACAUCUACUACAAACCAAUCCAAAAUGUGAAACUAGAUUUGUGACCUUUGUUGUAUGUACAGUAUAUUAUGUGGUCUAACAUGUAUACAUGAUUACAAUAGUCCUCACGAGAUAUCAGCAUUUACAUACUUUGAUACCAAAAAAAUGGCAGAAUUUUUAUCCUCUACAUUGGGAUCAGCUUUAUCAACCUUUUUGUUUUUCCUCUUUUCGUAGGAUUUUAUUAUCUACGGUACUAGUGAGCAUCUCACAGAGCUCUAGUACUCUGUAUUCAAAGCCAAAAAAAAUGCAGUUGGAAUACAGUCGUGUUUAUAUGAAUCAAAAUGGAAACAAAUACCCCGAUGGCACACAAAUCCAGAUGAUGUUUGGAUAUAUUUUUAUGCCUCCAUUUUGUGAAUAAUUCAUCUUUUUUUGUUUUCAUUCAAUAUUAUUUUGCUUCGCUACAGGACUAUGUUUCUUUUUUUUAUGCUACCAUUAUAUGUGAAUUAGCCCAAGAAUGCUCUAUAUACAGUAUGUAGAUAUGCACUUUUACUUCUUUUGCAUCUUUCAAUUUGGCCAGUAGCCAUUUUAACGCAGCCUGAUGGAGUUCAAAAUGGAUUUAUGGUGAAAUCCUUCAUAUUUUAUACUAUUACCAACCGACACAAGCCUGCCUCCAAGAUGGCUACUGUCCAAGUGAAGGUGACGUGAAAAGUUAGUGUUAACAUUGCCCUCUGGCAUUGUCUUUAGCUUAACUUAACCCUUAAAAAACAAGAGAACAGAAUCCAACCCCGAGAUCCCAACAAAUAACAAAAUAGUUCAUCACAGCCUGGAAACCACUGGUGUUUUUGAACAGUUGUCAGUGUGUUUGUAUUUAUCACACAUGUAUGGAAUUAUGGAUGUUUGGAGCCACAAUGUGGAGGUCAACCCCGGUGUGAUUACACCAGACAAACUCAUCUGGAUCAUUCAGAACGGCUCCUCCUCGUCUCACCUGCUCAGUAUUGCAGUCGAGGGGCCGAGCGCCAUUGAAGUGAUACACAGAACCUGCCUCAGUCGUGUCUUCUGAAGUCAUUGGAGUGAAUUGACAGCACCGGCCAUGCAAGGCAAACACAAGGAUUGUUUUUGCACCCCUCAAAAAGAAAGGCUUAACUCUACUUUUCACAUUGCCUGUCAAAUAUUAUCGAAGCUUCAUGUAAUGAUGCUUUUAGUUUUUGAAUAUAAAAGGAAAAGAGACAUGAAAAGAAAAUGAACAAUUUGUAAAACAUAAAAUGUUUUAUUUGUUGCAUGUCUUUUUGUUCUUCAAUAAAAUAACGUACUGCA